AUGUCCGGAACGCUCGAUGUGUGUGAGAAGUACUACGGUACGAGAAAUAUUUAUGAGUUGUUUAGCGUCGAGAAAAAUGCAUCGGUACAGGAGAUCAAGAAAGCAUACUAUCGUCUAUCACUCCAAACACACCCUGACCGUGUGCCGGAAAGCGAUAAAAAAGAGGCGACCGAGAAAUUUAAAGUAUUAAGCAAAUUGUACAACAUUCUAAGUGACAAAGAUUCGCGAGCUAUCUACGACGAACGAGGCGUCGUCGAUGAUGAUGACGAUGCCAGCACCAAUUGGAUGGAUAUGUGGCAACAAUUUUUCAAACCACUCACCACGGAAGACAUUCAAAACUAUCAGAAAAGCUACAUCGGCUCCGAAACGGAGCGUACCGACAUUAAGCGUGCGUACCUCGGCGGAAAAGGUUGCAUUAACUUCAUGAUGCAGACUGUCCCGUUCAUGACGUGCGAAGAUGAACCGCGCAUCGCGGAAAUCGUGCAGGAAAUGAUCGAUCAAAAAGAGGUACCGGAAUACGCAAUCUUCACCAAGGAACCGAAGGAUAAGCGCAACCGGCGGCACAAAAAAUACGCUCGCGAAGCAAAGAUAGCGAAGGAGGUCAAACAACAGCAAGAGAGCACAGCAUCACUCGAGCAGCAAAUUGCGCUCAAGCGAAAAAGUGCAUUCAGUUCGUUGAUUGAUUCGCUGGAAGCUAAGUAUGGUAACGGUAAGGACGAAGCUGACGAUCUAUUCGAGCUUGACGAAGAACCGCCCAAAAAGCGAAAGACACAGCCGCGAAAACGAGACGAAAGUGCUGGCCGGUCAACCAAGUCAACCAAGGCAACGAAAAAGAAACAAGCGGUAGGUAGGAAGAACAGAUCGUCGAAGUAG